AUGUCCAAAGGAUACAGCUUUCUUGAUCAAAUAUCUGAUGCUAAGGAGACAUGGAGAAUUAGAGUGAGAAUAUGCAGAAUGUGGAAAGCAGUGAAUAAGAGAAGUGGAAAUAACUUCAUCAGUCUUGACAUGAUCUUUAUCGAUGAAAAGGUUAUCAUACUUGACAACAAUAAAAUACUAUUUAAUGGAGAUGGUUUCAGUAAUAUUGGACUCAUUGCUACAAAUAGGGACAAAGAGCUAAAAAUAUCAUUGUGGGAUGAAAGUGCUGAAACAAUUACUAGAAAUGACUUCAAAGAAGAUGAAGGUCCUUAUAUAAUUAUUGUUACUUCAACAACUGUAAAAGCAUUCCAAGGCAAACUGAAUCUUAACACCACAAGUGCAACUAAAGUUUACGUCAAUUUGGACAUUACAGAGGUUUCUGAGCUCAUUGACAGAUAUAAAGUUGUUGAGGAUGAAUACGAUAAUGUUGUUCGAUCUAUUCCAGCACAUGACAAAAAACCCAAAUCUGAAUCAGAAUUGAUAUUGCAAACUAUGAUGUCAUUGGCAGAAAUUAAAGCACUGGAAUGGGUGGAAGGAGUCAAGGAAAGAUUUUUUACCUGUUAUGCGGAUAUUGUAAACAUAGAAACAGAAUUAGGGUGGAAUUAUAUCUCAUGUCAACUUUGCAAGCGAAAAGUAAAACAACAAAAUAAUAUGUUUUGGUGCAACAGUUGCAAUUCUGAAUCUCAGUUCCCUAUGCCUAGUUACAAACUACAAAUCCAAGUGAAGGAUCAUACUGGGACAGCUUCUUUUGUUCUUUUUGAUAAAGAUGCAGAAAAAGUAAUUCAAAAAACUGCUAUGGAACUUUCUUCAAAAAAUCAAGUGCCAAAUAAAGUACCUCAAGAAAUUCAAAGCUUGCUUGGAAAAUCUUAUACAUUCCAAAUAAAAUUUGAUGAUUACAAUGUCAAAGAAAGAUGGGAAGUUUACACUGUCACAAGUGUCUUUAAAUCUGAGUCUAACAAACACUCAGGAAAUGUUGUUGCUGACAACAUUCAGAUUAAACCAUCAGAAACACUGUUCAGCCAUGACCAAACUAUUGCAAACAAUUCUAUUGCUACUUCAGAUAUUAAAUUACUUACAAGCCAGGUGAAGGUGGCCACUGAGCAUUGCUUGAAGGGACAAAAAAGAUCAAAAGUAGGAAAAAAAAGAAAGCCAUGA